AUGCGCUUAAGGCGUUGCAGAUUUUAUUUCAAGAACUGGCAUGGCACCACCGAGGGAGAAUCGCCAGUUUGGAGACACUGCCUCAGUAAACUCCGAGGGCAGAACACACAGAAAGCCCCAGAGGGAACACCGCUGCUGGACGUCGGUUCUCUUGAAUACCUUUACGCCCAGUGUCAGCAUGACUUUCAGACAGGAAUGGCUCCACUCAGGACAGCACAGUCAGAAGUCGAGCAACACGAGAUAGAAAAUGAAUGCCUGGGCAUGGCUGUACUUGCCAUCACUCACUAUGCCAAGAAUUGCGGCAUACCUUUUUCCGAGGCUUCCCGUGAGAUGAGUUACAAGCGUUUCAUCCCAGAGUCGCUGAACUCCAACAUAAAGCAGCGCAACUUCCUGACCCGCAUCCGCAUCAGCAACGUCUUCAAGAAGUUCCUCGCCGAAUUCAACACCCAAACAGUUGGCGAGAGCAACAUCACCUGCUAUGACCUGAAGAUCAAAUACCUGGCGACUUUGGAGGGGUUGACCAGCAGAAUGGGCAGCGAGCUCUUCGAGCCCAUCUCCCUCAGCAUUAUACAAGAAAAGGAGCUCUCCAACGGAGGUUACUACGGGUACUAUAACCAGGGCCAGGUGCAGAUUAAGUGUCAGAAUCAGAACUUCGAGGCAAGCCAAAACACACAGGUCCUCAUUACUGGCACCACCGGCAUAUCUUGGAGGCAAAAACCAGCAACGGACCUAGUGACACCCAGAGAAAAAAGCAAGCUGAAGAAGGGCAAGCAGGACGAAAAGCAGAAGAACGGCAGGAAUAAGGAGAUGAGCGAAGGCUGGGUGGCGUUCUGCGAUUUCCACGAGAUCACACACACCGUCAUCAAAGAGGCAACCGUCACAAUCAUGAGACAAGACAACAAGAAAAUGGAACUCCAGUUGCCGUCAAAGGCUGAGGCUCUGUCCUUUGCGGCCCUUGUUGACGGGUAUUUUCGGUUAAUCGUGGACGCCCACCAUUACCUGUGCAAGGAGGUGGCCCCUGCUUCGGUGGUGAACAACAUCGAGACUGGUUGCCACGGACCCAUCUGCACCGAAUAUGCCACCCAAAAGCUGCGUCAGGAAGGCAAUGAGGAAGGAACCUACAUUCUGCGCUGGAGCUGUACCGACUACAACUACAUCAUCAUCACUGUCGUCUGUUUCGAGACUAACAUCUUCAGUAACCCCCAUAAGGUCCGUCAGUAUAAGAACUUCCAGAUCGAGGUGAUGGACCGUGGCUUCCGCCUGUACGGCACCGAGACGUGGCGGCCCACCUUAAAGGAGCUGCUGGACCACCUGGAGCGCCAGUGUCUCCACACAGACAACGUGCAGUUCCAGCUAAGACGCUGCUGCCCUCCACAGCCAAGAGAAAUAUCUAACCUCCUGGUGGUUACCAAGGAGAGAGCCCAGACCUGCCAGCCGCCCAAGCACGAGAGGGAGCUCUGUAUCUUCCAUCGCAUUCCCAAGGAGGACAUCGAGCAGGAGGAGCACCUCGGCGUGGGCACAAAAACCAACAUAUACCUGGGCACGCUGAGAGUCAAGAACGAAGAAGAUGAAGAUGCGGGUUACACAUCUUUCCAGGAAGUCAAGGUGGUCCUGAAGGUGCUCGGUUCUGGACACAGGGACAUCUCCUUGGCCUUCUUUGAGACGGCCAACAUGAUGCGACAAGUGUCUCACAAACACAUCGCGCUGCUCUACGGCGUGUGUGUUCGCCACCAGGAGAAUAUCAUGGUGGAAGAAUAUGUCCAGCUAGGACCACUGGAUGUGUUUAUAAGGAGACAGCAGAGUCCUCUGAGCACAAGGUGGAAGUUCCAGGUGGCCAAGCAGCUGGCCUCAGCUCUUAGCUACUUGGAAGACAAAAAGCUGGUCCACGGCUUUGUCUGUGCGAAGAACAUUCUGCUGGCCAGAGAUGGACUGGACGAAGAGGAAGGAGAGCCCUUCAUCAAGCUCAGCGACCCGGGAAUACCAAUAACGGUGCUGUCCAGGGAGGAGUGUGUGCAUCGCAUCCCGUGGAUCGCUCCCGAAUGCGUGAGGAGCACGUCCGCCCUGAGCGUGGCCGCCGACAAGUGGGGGUUCGGCACCACCCUGUGGGAGAUCUGCUAUGACGGAGAGGUUCCGCUCAAAGAGAAGAAACUGACCGAGAAGGAGCGAUUUUAUGAAGCCGAGUUCCAGCUGGCCACCCCGGACUACAAGGAGCUCGCUGAGCUCAUGACCCGCUGCAUGACGUACGACCCCAAGAAGAGACCCUUCUUCAGGGCUAUCGUCAGAGACCUGGAUGAACUAGAGGAGAAAAACGAAUACAUCAGACCACGCGACACCACACCGGUGGACCCGACUGUGUUUGAAAACCGGUUCCUGAAGAAGAUCAGAGAGCUUGGAGAGGGCCACUUUGGGAAGGUGGAGUUGUGUCGCUACGACCCGCGUGGAGACAGGACCGGCGAACUGGUGGCCGUCAAGUCACUGAAGCCCGAGAACGGCGAGGAGCAGAGCAACAACCUCUUAAAAGAGAUUGAAAUCCUGAAGGCACUUUACCACGACAACAUCGUCAAAUACAAGGGCAUCAGCCAAGAAGAAGGUGGAAACGCCAUAAAGCUGAUCAUGGAGUAUCUUCCACUGGGCAGUUUGAAGGAGUAUCUCCCCAGAAACAAGAGCAAGACCAGCCUUGCCGAUCUGCUGAGCUACUCCAUCCAGAUAUGUCGGGGCAUGGAUUAUUUGGGAUCUCGAAAUUACAUCCACCGGGACCUGGCUGCCCGAAACGUGCUGGUGGAAAAAGAGGGAACGGUGAAGAUCGGUGAUUUCGGCCUCACCAAGAGCCUCAAGGACAAUGACGGCUAUUACACCGUCAAGGACGACCACGACAGCCCCGUUUUCUGGUACGCCCCCGAGUGUCUAACUCUCUGCAAGUUUUACCUCGCUUCAGACGUUUGGUCCUUUGGAGUGACGAUGUAUGAAAUCAUCACCUACUGCGAAUCCUCCAAGAGCCCGAUGACGCGCUUCCUUGAUAUGAUCGGCCGAACCCACGGCCAGAUGACCAUCGUCCGCUUGGUGAAGUUGUUGCAGGAUGGAGGGAGGUUGCCGUGUCCCGAAGAUUGCCCCGAGCCUGUGACUAAGGUGUACGAGCUGAUGAGGAAGUGCUGGGAGCACGCCCCUGAGAAGAGAAUCACCUUCAAGCGGCUGAUCGAGGAGCUGACCAUCCUGCAGCAGCAGCACCUUCAGCAGCAGAACAACCUGUAAAUGUGCAGCUGCCUCUGCAGGUGAAGCUUUACUUCACCGGGCACCAUGGGACCAGGAAGCAAGCUGCCACGUCGGUCUCAGACCAGAAGCUGCAUGUUCAUCAUCUUCACAGCACAGAGAGAGAGACAGAGAAAAAAAAAUCCCCCCCCCCCCAAAUCAUUCUCGCAGAUAAUCCUUCUACACCGUGGCAAAAUUAGCCAACCCCUACUUUUAGAUGCCUUGCACUUGGAACUUUCCAUUAUAAACCUGAUGUUACCUGUUAUGAUGGACAUUUAUGAUGAAACGAACCUGACUUAUAUUCUACAUAUAUAGUUGCUUUUUGAUGAAACUUCUGGGACACGGCGGGACUCUGAAGACACGGCCGUGUGGUGGAAACAGCUGAUUGGGCAGACCGAGCUGUCAGAAGUCAUCAGGCCUUCUUUGUGACGCGGUUCCGUGCCGCCGCUGCUGCCGCUGGUUCACGGACUCCUUUUUGUGAGAGAAACUGGGCCGGUUUGAGUUUAACAUCAUGGAUUUGUAUCAGUUUACUGUUGCCAGAUGUGCAAAUGCAGCUACUGAGAGGUGGAAUUAUGUCAGAGCCAGUAAUCGGACCGCUUUGUGACUUUAAGACGGAGCAAUUUGUUUUUUUAAUUGGAAGUACUGCUCUGAAAAUGUGACCAUUUCUCAAUUCUUGAAAAUCUCCAACUUGAUGGGAAAAGGCAAAGAGUAAUUCAUGCUCCGCAUCAACUGUUUAAACUGCAUUUGCACAGGAACUGUUUUUUGUUUUCUUUGUCUUGUGCAAUUGAUUAGUGAUCCCAACAUGCUGUAACGUGUUUAAGGAAAAGUGUUUCUUAAGGAGAAGCACUGGGGGGCAGCAAAGCCUCAUUUUCCUCUGGUAGCCUUUCCUUCACCCAGGCCCGUCAGAACCACACAGUCACCGAGGUCUAUAGGAGGCACAGCUGCAGAUUUCACCAGGAAACAUUUGCACCAACUAACUUCAAGUCUAACAUGACUUUUUUUUUUUUUUUUUUGAUGUAAUCCUACAUUUUAUGAAUUAAGAGUCAUCUUUAAGCAUUUUAGCUUUUUUACGUUGUCUCAGUAUUUCAGAAAUAUAUAUAUAAAUAGUGUAUUUAUCCACAAAUGUGGAGCUGCUUAGAGCUGGAGGGACUUGUUCAGGUCUGCGUUCCACCGAUGCGUCUGUCUGACAGAGAUGACAGGGUCAAGAUCACAUACAAUGCGCUUUAAGCCACAUUUUAUUUAGGAAUGUAAAAGGCAAAUCCUUCUGCUCUUAAAAAAAAAAAAAAGUAUAAUUUUUCCAAAAAAAGUGAUAAAUUCACAAUGAAAAAAUAAAAA